AAACCUGACACAGUGUGUCAACACCAGUGUUAGCAGGUUCUUGUUUUCGGGUCAUCGCUUAAAAAUUGUCCUUCUUGCAUAUUAAUUGUUGGUGUUGAGCAGCAAUCUGUCUUGGAAAGAUGUCUGUUAUGACGUUUCUCGUAUUUUGUUCAGUUUUCUCUUGACAUUUCUUUGUGAAAUAUGGUCAUGGAAACCGGUGACACCGUUGAAACGCCAGUGAUCACGACGCUUGGGUUCUCCGAAGACAUCCCGAACGGUGACGAAGCGGCAUUCCCCGUUGCCGAACCCCAGACAGUUAGUGUCAGCCUGCCCAAUGUUUUGGUAGCUACGUCUCAGGGAAUUAUUACUCCAGAGCAACUACAGGAGGCCGGAAUAAAAGCAACCCACAUAGUAAUCCACGAUCAAAGUGCAAUAGACGUCUACAAGAAUGCUCAAGCCUCCUUAGCGGCCCAGGCGUCGAAAGCAAUUGCACACGGUGGAAUUCAACAAAAAUAUAAGUACAACUGGGAUGCAUCAGUGCACGACGCUGAACUACUUGUCAGGUGCCGAAACAUAAGUGGAUAUUUGCACAAAAACAAAUUUGGUUCUGGGGGUCGAGGACGGUGCAUAAAGUCUGGAGCCCGAUGGUACACACCAUCAGAGUUUGAAGCCCUCUGCGGACGUGCCAACAGCAAAGAUUGGAAGCGUAGCAUCCGUUAUGCUGGCCGUACACUUCUGUGCUUAAUUGAGGAUGGCAUACUGAUGCCACAUGCUACCUCCUGCACAUGUGCUGCUUGCUGUGACGACAUGGUUGUGAGUGGACCGGUAAGGCUGUACACACCGUACAAACGGAAACGAAAAGAAGACAGUUCGACGGGAAGUAAAUCCGCAGAUGAACCUCAGGAGAAACUCUUGACCUUAACCUCCGCAACAGCUGGCAAGGGGAAGGUCAAAGAUUUGGUUGUUACAAUUGCUCCUUCCCCGACCAUGGAUGUUACGAGGGUGUCUGCAGGUAACCUCCUGGAAGGUAGCCCUGCAAACACCAGUGUUGAAACCCUGACACCGGUGACUACACCGCAGACUCCACGUACAGCACCAACCGCGCUAGAGUUUGGAGAACAGAGGCAGUGGUGGCAGUUGGAAGAGAUGGUGAAAAACUUGGCCAAGCAAGUUCAGGAACUACAGAAACAGGUUGAGAUUGUGAAAGCUCAAAGUGCGUCCACUAGAGAUGCUGCCCUUCAACAGCUGAGGAUGCAGAUGGAGAACGAGAGGAAAGAGGCCAUAAAAAAUGUAUGGACUGAAGCACAAAACAACCUUUCAAGGGCCUUACUUGAAUCCAGAACAGGCAAAGAUGCUGUAAUGCAACAAUCUUUUCAGCAGGGAAAACCAGACACUGAAGCUACUGAGUCUGACAAAGAGGAGUCUUCCAGUAAGCGCUGUGUCAACUGCAAUCGUGACGCAGUACGUGAAUGCACAGGCUGUCAUCGUGUCAACUACUGUAGUUCCUUUUGCCAGCGUAAGGACUGGAGCAGUCAUCAGAGCAUGUGUUUUAAUCGGGAAGGUUCUCCUCAACACAGCGAAGAUGCGUCAGGAGAAGACAAGUAGUAGGGGGUGUUGUAUAGACUUUGUCAGUAUUAGAAGUUUUUGUCUUCUGCGAUCUUCAACUGAGGACAGCAAUAUUGGCUCAAAGACCCACACGUGUCAAAGACACUGUUUUGUUGUGUUGUCUGGCGCAUAAAAGGAAUGUGUCGUU